AUGACUUACAUUGAUAAUCCUGGACCUCGGAUUCAAAGAUGGAGAAUCCGCCUGCAGAAUUAUCAAUAUAAGUUCGAGUAUAAACCGGGAAAAAUAAACCGAAUUGUUGAAGCCUUAUCAACCAACCCUGCAGAUAGGGACAAAACCUCAAGGAACAGCCAAGAGUCUGACUGGUCUGACACGUCCUCUUUGACUUCUGAUACAUCAGACCCAAUGACCAAAACCCCUAAGGACACUGAUGACAAUAAGGAACUAACCGAGGGACCCUCGGAAAACUACCGCGCUUUUCCUAUAAAAACACGCUCCUCUUCUAGGCCACCUAAGGCAAGUAGUUUUCAAAUAAGCCAAGAAGACCCAGUGAAGAACCCAAAAGACCCUCAAGAACCUCCUGCCCCUUCCCAACAGAAGAAGAGGAAGGGUAGUUUAAAGGAAGGGCUAAGGUCGGUUAAAUCUAGGGUGGAUUCAAAUCUUCCUCACAGAUCUAUACUGAAGGCCCCCGCCACCCGUACUAAGAACAAAAAAGGAUCAGAUACCCCUUCACAAUGGACAGCGAAACUAGGGGGAUUAGCGAGUACAUCAAACAUUAACCGUCCUGCAGAAAUAAAAAUGACUCUAUUAAGAAGGCCAACAGACGCAUUACCAAGCCCUAGUGCUGAAUUGACCGGCAUAAAGUACCCCGUCCCAGAUGCUGCCUCUGCCCGCACCUUUCCCGAUGUAAAAGGACCCCCUAGACCAAGAGGAAGACCUAAAGGGACAACAAAGUCCAAGGAGCUAUGUUAUGAUCAACCUUACGCUCCUCCGGCAAGAUCGAUAAUAACUGAUGCUGAUAAAAGCUGCAUUGCAGAACGUUUAAGGCCCAGAAAAGGACCUAGCGUUGCUCACCUAUCAAGUGAUCCUUCAUCCUCAACAAAUGAAGCAUCAGCUGAAGACGACAGUGACUCCGACCCUCUGGCCUUCAGAAAGGAUCACAGCGUUUUUCCACAUUUACCCCCAGACCCUGAACCAAUCCGAUCUACUAUUUCAAUGGUUACCUCCCCUCAAGGUCAAAAUCCAAUUUCUUGCUCUCUAUUAAUUCCUGAAACCUAUACGGACGUCUACGUGGACGGUGCAUGUGGCGAGAAUGGUGGAACAAGUCCAAGGGCUGGAAUUGGAGUAUGGUUUGGACCUGAUAACCCACUCAACGUCUCCAAGCGAUAUAAGGGACGACAAACGAAUAAUGCAUCAGAAAUCGAAGCAGCCGCUGUGGCCGCACGUCAAGCAAGAAAGGCAGAAAUCCAGAGGUUAAGAAUUAAAACUGACUCGCAAUAUCUCGUUCAUAGUGUAAGGAAUUGGAUACCACGGUGGCAUCAAAAUGGCUGGAAAACCGCUGAAAAUUAA